UUAGCCGCUGCUAUAAAAUUUUUUUAUGUGUAACCAGUUUGGCCAGUUUGACGGCAAAGUAGUCGCUAGCAGUAGUUAUAAACAAAUGUUGUUUUGUUGUCUGCUUGCUUAAUUGGAGUCCAAGUUUCAUUUGCACAAGUUCGCUUUAGAGGCACACACGCAUAGCAAGAUGUUGAACCAGGAGCUACUUACACUAGAGAAUCCUGUAUUCUGUUGCUAUAUAUUUUGGGCCACAGUGCUGGUGGUGAAAAUGCUUUUAAUGUCGCUGCUGACAGCGUUGCAACGUUUUCGCUACAAGCUGCUUGGUUUACUGCCGCUGGCAUUGCGACGCAAGAUAUUUCCCAAUGAGGAGGAUUUGUUUUUCAAGAACAUCGAAGUGCAGUUUGAUGAUCCACAUGUCGAGCGUGUGCGCAGAGCGCAUCGCAAUGAUAUGGAGAACAUACUGCCGUACUUUAUCAUGUCCUUGAUAUAUAUCUGCACAAAUCCAACUGAAGCAGUGGCAUGCAAUCUGUUCCGUGUGGCAGCCGUAGCACGCAUACUACAUACGCUGGUCUAUGCUGUUUAUCCAGUUCCGCAGCCUGCGCGUAUUAUAGCCUUUGCCACCAUGAUGCUGAUUACGUUCUAUAUGGCCGCCGUAGUUGCCUUACGCACGCUUAGUUUCAUCUAAUAAGUAGUUUACAGAUUUUAAAUACACGAUUUUGGCUUUAAAUUAACUAUAAUUAGCUUUGAGAUAGUAAACAAACACAAAAAAAAUAACUAUAAUAUAA